AUGGCGGUUCAGAAGCUCGCCUUCCUCCUCCUCUCCCUCUUGACGACAACCUCCAUGGCGGCUGCUCGGGAGGCGCCCCAAGAGCUUCCCAACCGCUCGCUGGAGGCCAGGCUCAUGGGCGGCGGCGGCGGCGGCAUCCUGGUGGAGACGGGCGACGGCAGCGGCAUGAUCGACUGCUGGGGAGCACUGCUGGAGCUGCGGUCCUGCACCAACGAGGUCGUCCUCUUCUUCCUGAACGGAGAGGCGUACAUCGGCAACGAGUGCUGCCGCGCCAUACGCAUCAUCACCCGCCAGUGCUGGCCCAACAUGCUCUCCUCCAUCGGAUUCACGGCUGAAGAAGGGGACAUCCUCCGCGACUACUGCGACAUGGGCACGGCGCAGCCGUCGGCCCCCGUCGCCACCCCGCCGGCCCCGGCGCCGGCGCCCCAAGCUGCUACAGUUUAG